AUGGUCAUGUCGCUUCUGAUACUGGGCACCUCUCUAACGGUGAUAGAUCACAACGAAGACAAGAAGGUGGCAUGGGCAUUAGGGUUAAGCAUAACGACAGUGAUGACGUACAUGGCGUCAUAUUCUAUAGGGUUGGGGCCUAUUACAUGGGUUUACAGCUCAGAGAUCUUUCCGUUGAGAUUGAGAGCUCAAGGGCUAAGCAUUUGUGUGAUAGUGAACAGAGUCACGAGCGGCGUGAUAACGAUGACGUUCUUGUCUCUGUCUAAGGCCAUAACCAUCGGAGGAGCCUUCUUCCUGUUCGGAGGGAUAGCAAUUGCGGCGUGGGUGUUUUUCUACACGUUCUUGCCGGAGACGAAGGGGAAGAUGUUGGAGGAGAUGGAUGAGCUUUUCGAUAAUUUCAGGUGGAGAGGUCCCAGUGGUGACAGAAAUGGAGAGGUUGAGCUCCAAAACUAA